AUGACGCCCAUCUACGCACAGUCAACACCACGCGAGAAAUACCUCUUCCACGUGUUCUGCACCGAGACCGCCCUCCGGCAAGAGCCGGGGUCCGACAGCUUCGAAGGCACCUUUUGGUCCGUCGAUGUCCCGCAGGCCUGCCACGCGCAUCCCGCCGUCUGGCAUUCCGCCCUCGCAAUCGCCUCGAUGCAAACACGGCCGAGAGCCGUGUGCACCCGAGGCCACGGCGCAGCUCAGCCUUGCGCUGACGACGACGCCGCCUUCAAGCAGUACACGAAAGCCAUCGGCCAUCUCAUGCGGGCGACGCAAAACACACACCCCAGCUUCCAGGACCAGUCGCUCAUCCUCAUGGCCACCGUGCUCCUCCUGGGCUUCGCCAGUCUAAGAGGCAACUUCAACGAGGUCAAGUUCUUUGCCGGCCACGGCAUCCGGCUCUUCACAAACUGGCGCUUCCGCGAUGAGGCAGAAACCUGGAAGUCGUCGGCGCGAAGCAACCUCAUCUCCGUCACCUCUCUCAUCUCCCUGCUCGACCACCUGCUAGUCCAAUACACUUGGGCGUGCAAAGCCUCGGACCUGCCCCGACAGGCGUACACCACCUCCGCCGCGCCGAAACGGCCCUUCCAAAGCAUGACAGAGGCACACCACGAGUACCAAGCGUUGCAGCUCCAUCGGUUCGAGCUGCUGCGCGCGCGAGCACUCGGCUCCGUGACCGGGGACUGGCGGCCAUUCCGCUACUUCCAUGAGGCCUGGCUCGCCAGGUCAUCCGCCUGGAAGGACAAGCUCGCCCAGACCAGACGGCAGAGUGAGCAUCAAGGCGACGACGCACCGCUGAGGCCGUCGCUGAUUCUGCAAAUGGGGCUCGUCGGGCUGCAGAUAUGCGCUCAGGUGGGACCCGGCACCGACGAGCUCUACUGGGACAGGUUCGCCUCGAAAUUUAGACGCAUUGUCGACAUUGCCGAGAGGAUUUUCCACGGAAAGACAGACUCCCGGGGCCAGCGGCCGGCACGCCCCGUAUUCACAUUUGGCCCCUCGCAGCUCGGGGUAUUGUACAUGGUUGCGUCGGCGUGCCGGGAGCGCGCCACGCGCGCGAGGACCCUGGCGUUGCUGCAGGGGCUGAAGCAGAGAGAUGGCCUGUUGGACAGCGGGCUGUUCGCGGCCCUGUCCGAGGCAAAGAUGCGGAUUGAGGAAACGGGCAGAGAGCUGGUCGGCUUGGCGGAGCCCAAGACCUGUACUUGCAUUCCCCGGGAGUACAUCUGCCGGCACCAUAGAGUGAGGGACGUCGGGAUAGAGUUCUUGGACAGCGGCUUGGCAAGGCUAGACAUUCAGACGUUUGACGGCGAUGACGCGCAGGCUCCGCGCACGAAGUCGCUAACUGUGCGUUGGAACGGGAGCUGA